UCUUUAUUUCUUCGUAUAAUAGAGCUGUUCUUUCUUCUUCGUUGAGAUUCUUCAGACUCUUGGUUUCACUUUUUCAUAUAAUUCCUUCCAAGUUUCUCAACACAUUACAGCAUCCAUCCGAUUUCAAGACCUCUAUGAAGCAGUCAAAGGAUCCUUUUGAAGUUGCAUUUGAGGAGGAGGAUGAAGAAGAAGAGGAGGAUUCACCUCCCACUUCCCCCAUUGGACCUAAUGCCAUUGAACCCGAGACAGCCUAUUCGAAACAGCAAAUCAAUUCUAAUGUCCAAAAGGAUGAAGCUGACCGUCCUCCCAAGUUAUUAAAAUCCCAGGCUGGAUCAAUAUCUAAAGGUGUUGCUGUCCAAACUAGUAAGCCCAAAGAUGAAGACGAGGAAGAAGAGGAGGAGAACUUGGAUGUUGAGCUGGGGAAGUUUCCAACUACUGGCGACCCUGAUAAAAUGGAAAAGAUGCAGGUAAUAUUGUCACAAUUCACAGAGGAGCAAAUGAGUAGGUAUGAAUCAUUUAGAAGAUCAGGUUUUCAGAAAGCUAAUAUGAAAAGGUUGUUGACUAGCAUCACUGGAAGUCAAAAGAUUUCUAUACCGAUGACUAUUGUGGUGUCGGGAAUUGCAAAAAUAUUUGUGGGAGAGCUAGUUGAAACUGCAAGAGUUGUGAUGACAGAGAGAAAGGAGAGUGGCCCAAUUAGACCUUGCCACAUUAGGGAAGCACAUAGAAGAUUGAAACUGGAAGGCAAGGUGCCAAAAAGAUCAAUCCCAAGACUGUUUAGGUAGUUCUCUCUUUGUUUGUUUGUUUGUGUUUUGGAAGGACUGAAUAACUCAAACAAAACAAAGGUUCUUCUCACUUCAUUGUUAUUUUGCGGCUUUUAGUCAUAUGCUUUGGUUGCUGUAUCUUACCAACCAGUAGUAACACAAAAUUCCCUUGAUUAUAACUUUUAUGUUUUGAGCAUUUGUGUUACUUAUAAUUUUUUAUUCUGAAUGUAACUCUUGUAGCUGAUUGCAAAUGAUUGUGAAAGUUAGUUGUCUUGCCUUAACCAG